GGUGGGGGGCUAUUAUUUUUGGGGCGAUUCAGUAUUAUUUCGUUUGUGGAGCUGUUUACUUCUCUGCGGGGAAAUCGAGUGCCCGCCGUUUAAUUAACCCCCCACUUUAAGGUUUUAUAUAUAUAUAUAUAUGUAUAUAUUUAUCCAAUCCAACGAGUGCAAGUGACCGACGUCCAAAGAGCAACGUACGGAGCUCUGACAAAGGCUUCCCGCUUUUAGUGGUCCGGUGACUUUCGCCGGAGAAGCAACUCCGUCCCAGGAAUCGAGCUCAACAAAAGACCCCCACCCACACGAAAAGGGUCAUGAGACAAUAAAGGAACAUAGAGAAAUAAAAUUGCAAGCGAAGAGAAGAGUGGAGCUCCUUUGUCGCAUCUCUGGCUCUGAAAACGCAGUAAAGAGCGAUGACGGAAAGUGUGGAGCUGAUGAACAAGUACGGCGAACCACUGCGUUACGACCGGAACUUUACGGGACCGCGGCAGCGUGAUCGCAGCUGCACGGAUGUACCUUGCCUGCUGCUCUUCGUCCUCUUCCUGGCGGGAUGGGGCUUUAUUGCCCAUUAUGCCAUCAAGACAGGCGAUCUCAACAAACUUUUGGUGCCCACCGACUCCUUCAACCGGAAAUGCGGCAUGGAUUCCGGAGUGCUGAACAAGGAGAACCUGUUCUUCUUCGACCUGAAUCAGUGCAUAGAUCCAAUCGUUCCCCUCACUGGAUGUCCCACACCGCAGGUGUGUGUGGAGACCUGUCCAAGACAGACGUUUGUCUGGGACACGAUGAAGGACAAACUCAGCUUCGCCGAGCUGCACAAUCUCCUCAUCUGCCUUACUGAGGAGCACAAGGCUCAGAUUCGCAGCAAAGCGGACAUUGAGAAUGCCAUUAAGGAGAACAAAUGUGCCCGCUGGUACAUCAAGAGUGCUCCAUUCCUCAAGCGCUGCCUCUUCGAGUUUUCGCAGGGAGUAUGUGAUUACAUUCCGUCGUUCCUGCUGCAAGGUGGAAGAUCACGACGGGAGCUUCAACUGCUCCCAGGGAAUGCCACCUCGGAAGCCCAACUCCAGGCCCAGGUGUUGGCCAUUAGCAUGGCGCAGGCCCAGGCUCUAGUUGUGCCUCAGGCCAAUAACAAACAGGUGCCGGUGGAGGAGGAACCGAUCAUCCAGUGCAAACGCAGACUCAACGAGGCCGUCAUCAAGGAGAAAAUGAUGCAGACGGACACGCGGCUAGCCAAGCUGGUGGGCAACAUGGUGGCACACUUCUACAAUGGGACCCACGACGCCCAGCGUUUGGGGGAGGAAAUCGUCGAGGACCUGAUCAACUCCUGGUCGGUCGUCCUGGUGGCCUGCUUCUGCACACUGGUCGCCUCACUGAUUUACAUAGCUCUGAUGCGCUGGCUCUCAGCUCCGAUUUUAUGGUUCUCCAUCUUCGGCGUACUGAUCGGCCUCCUGGCGGCCAUCUACUAUACCGUCAAACAGUACAUAUUCUGGGAGAAGACUCCGACGGUGCCGAUUCACGGCUUGAACCUGCAUUCUACGGUUAAGAACGUGCUGCAGAACCAGAACACAUGGCUCUAUCUGUCCAUCUUCGUGGGUGUGUGCUUCGUGGUUAUCCUGCUGCUGGUGAUUGUGCUGAGGAAGCGCAUCCGGAUAGCGAUUGCCCUAACCAAGGAGGGAAGCAAGGCGGUGAGCAGUGUGAUAAGCACCGUGUUCUUUCCCAUCUUCUCCUGGAUACUCUUCAUAGCCGCUAUUGCGUUUGCAAUUGGCGUGGGAUUGUAUCUGGGCUCGAUCGGAGAUGACUCGUUUAGAAUGGUGCGUCAGUUGACGGAAAACGGAGAUGUGACCACCGAGGACUGCUUCUGCGAGGGACCAGCCAUCAACUACACAGUUGGUGGAGCCUGUGUCCCGAAAGUGUUUCAGCAGAAUUGCUUCGUUCGGCAGACAGUGUUUUUCCAGCCAUCACAGCGCGUGGGCUGCUCGCAAACCACCUGCAGCUUUGACACGAUUAACAACCCGCCUCUGAUUAAGUGGGCCAUCUUUUACAACGUCUUCGGAUUCCUUUGGCUGAGCUUCUUCAUCUCAGCCUUCAGCUACAUGGUGCUGGCUUCCACGUUCGCCCGCUGGUACUGGACCUUUAAAAAGCGUGAUGUUCCAUACUUCACCCUCACAAGGGCGUUCUGCCAAACCGCUUUCUACCACUUGGGAACCAUUGCCUUCGGUUCGCUAAUCCUUGCCAUCGUCCGACUGAUCCGUCUGGUGCUCGAGUACAUCCAUGAGAAGCUAAAGAAGUAUGACAAUGCGGUGACACGGGCUAUUCUGUGUUGCAUGCGCUGCUUUUUCUGGCUGCUGGAGACCUUCCUCAAGUUCCUCAAUCGGAAUGCUUACAUCAUGUGCGCCAUUCACGGCAAGAACUUCUGCAGCAGUGCCGCGGACUCGUUUAACCUGAUUAUGAGGAACUUCCUGCGCGUGGUGACGCUAGACCAGGUCACGGACUUUUUGUUCUUUUUGUCGAAACUGCUACUGACCGCGGGGGCGGGGGUGUCCACCUACUACUUCCUGGCCAAUAAUCCGGCCAUUAUUCAGCUACAUUACAAUGCGGUGCCCACCACGGUGGUCGUAAUUGCCGCCUUCCUCAUAUCGAGCGUGUUCUUUGGUGUCUACUCGACGGCCGUGGACACACUGUUCCUGUGCUUCCUGGAGGACUGCGAGCGAAACGACGGCUCGCCGGAAAAGCCCUUCUUCAUGUCCAAGCAGCUGAUGAAGAUCCUGGGCAAGAAGAACAACCUUCCACCGCGUCAGCGUCGCGGGAAGUAGGAGAUUUCGACGGGAAACGGCAGUGCAAAUUAUAAAUUAACUACUUACAAAAUAUAUAUAUGUUUGUAUUUAAUCUAACCCGAAAUCGAAAGGGUUGUGAGCGAUUGCUCAACCGGCUGCAAUAGGGUGUGCAUAAAAUGCAGACUUCUUUGCCAAUACUCUUAAUCUUUAAUCUAAUGUAUAUAAUACGCCAGUAUCCAUAUGUAAAAGUUUUUUGUGCGGCUAGACGUGCGAUCGGACAUGUGAUAGGCGCGGACCAUAAAGACCAAAAGCAAUACAAAACAAUACAAUAAUAUGUAUACAGACACACAAACGAACAUAUCUCACAUUCAUACAGCUUAGGUUAACGAUAAACUUAUAUCAUUUUGAUUAUAAUUUUCGAAUUUAAUAAAAAUGAAUUUCAUUGAA